UUAUUGUGAUUUGAAAAUAUAUUUGGCAAGAUAUUUAGUCUUUUGAAAGAUAUUUCAAAUAAUAGAUGCAUUAAUAGAUUAAUAAAAUGGUAUUUAAUACCAUCAUUUUAUAUUAUGGAGCAAUAUAUAUUUUAUUAUGCAGUUGUGAAAGAAUAUUUGACGAAGAAAAUAUUCCGAUCAAACAUAAAGUAUCUGUGUCCGGAGAAAAUGUAUUUAUUCCAUGUCCAGGAAUUAGUCAAGAUUCAUUGGUAGAUUCGCUUUUAUGGAAAACGAAAACAAAUGGAGUUACAAUUGCUAAAUACACAAAUGGGGAAAUAUUUAUACAAAAUGAAAGAAUAACUCUAUCAAUCGAGAACUUUACGUUAAAUUUUAAGCCUGUCUUAAGUACCGAUACCGCCGAAUAUGUAUGUUUAACAAACGACAGACAAAGUCCAGAAUAUAUUGUUGAUUUAUUAGUGCAAGAUAUACCAGAUCCACCAGAGAGGCCGUUAGUCCUCAGUUUCACUUCUAGAUCAGUCAACCUGUCAUGGGCGCAUUCACAGUUUUUUCGAAAUGCACCUGUUACUAAUUUUGAAAUUGAAACAAAAAUUGGAGAAGAUGGCCCGUGGAAUGAAAAACCUCGUAUUGUGACAAAUAGCAGCAGAUCAACUUUUCAUAUUAAAUCCCUUGAACCGUUUACAGUAUACAGUUUUCGAGUGAUCGCAAUAAAUUCAAUAGGCAGAAGUAAGCCUUCCAAGCCAUCUUAUUACAUUGUAACUUUAAGAGAAGCUCCGACAGGAAAACCAGUUACUACUGUCGUACAUAAUACAUCUUCGCAGUCAAUUUAUAUUUCAUGGAAGCCUCCACCCUUAGACACGAUACUUGGGGAAUUUUUAGGAUAUCGUAUAACAUAUAGGGCAAGAGACAGCUCUCAAGAUGUGAAAGAAAUUUACAUACGCGACAAUACGGUUGAGAGUCACGAAAUUACUGGAUUGGAUACAUACACCCAAUAUUUGAUUUCAGUUCAAGUAUUCAAUCCAGAAGGAUUGGGACCUGCUUGUACAGUUCUCACCAUGACGGAUGAAGGAAUACCAGAAAAACCCCAAAAUCUAACCGUACUAGAGGUGACCUCAACCACAAUAAAAAUAUCAUGGAAGGAACCAUUAAAAUUGAACGGAGCAAUACAUGGUUACCGAGUGUAUUCAGUUUCAAAUAACCAAACAGUAUUACAUAUACCGCUCUUUAAGCCAGAUCCAGAUUCUGGCAGUGGUCCAUAUUUCUAUACAUUGAUGAACCUAAAGCCCUUUACAGAAUACAAAAUAACUGUUACUGCAGUCACAAGAAAAUAUGAUGGAGAACAAUCUGAUCCUUUAAUUCAAAGAACUGAUGUUAGCGGACCAAGUGCUCCUACCAUUGUCAAUCUUACAUGCAGUACAACCGACUCAGUUUACCUGAGAUGGCGUAGGCCACAAACUUAUUAUAAUACUAUUGACUUAUAUGUAAUAGCUUUUCGAGAUCUUAGUACGAAUGAUUUUAAAACUAUAAAAAUUGAUAACUCAUCUGCUGCACAUACUGAAAUUGCCAUGGUUCUGUCAAAUUUAUCAUCUAAUAGUAUUUUCGAAAUGAAAGUAAGAGCAGCAUCAUUGAGUACCAUUAAUCCUAAACAGCUAAUACUAGGCAGUUACUCUGAACCAAAAAAGAUCAACUUACAACCAAAUUGUGACAAAAUUCAAUCCCUAUUACGUCAAUCGCAAGAUGAUUAUAAUAUCAUAUAUCUAAUUGGCAUAGGAUUCAGUUUGUUUGGAAUGAUUAUUAUAGUUUUGGCGGUAGCUCUAUGGAGACAUUGCUUUUAUUCCCCUUACUAUUACAUCGAUGUCCCAUCGUACAAAUCACAGCACAUGUCAGUCGAAUGGAAUUCUCCUGUUGAAAUAGGAGGAGAACUAAGGGGACCCAUUCCAAUAUCUGAAUUCUCGAAGCAUACUGCUUCUCUUCAUGUGGAUGGAGAUAUUGGAUUUAGUAAGGAAUAUGAAGCAAUCCAAAAUGAGUCAUUAGUGGAAGAACAUUCAUCUGAAAGCUCCUUACAUCCGGAUAACAAAGCCAAGAAUCGAUACUUGAAUAUAACAGCAUACGAUCACAGUAGAGUUCGGCUUCGAUCAGUUCCAGGACAAACUAAAAAUACCGAUACGUACAUCAAUGCAAAUUUUAUUGACGGCUAUAACCAAUCUCGUGCAUUUAUUGGAACCCAAGGACCCCUUCCAAGCACCUUCGAUUGUUUUUGGAGAAUGAUAUGGGAGCAACAAGUAGAAAUAAUCGUUAUGAUUACAAAUUUAAUAGAACGUGGCAGACGAAAAUGUGAUAUGUACUGGCCAAGAGAAGGAACGGAAACCUAUGGUGUUAUCAGUGUUACUUUAUUGGAAGAGAAUGUUUUAGCUACAUAUACAGUUCGUACAUUUUCAAUAAAACAUUUGAAAUUGAAAAAGAAGAAAACAAGGAUCAGCGAAAAAACGGUUUAUCAAUAUCAUUAUACAAAUUGGCCAGAUCAUGGAACAUCGGAUCCCUUACCCGUUUUAAAUUUUAUAAAGAAGUCAUCGUCAGCAAAUCCUAGUAGUGCAGGUCCGAUUGUAGUACAUUGUAGCGCUGGAGUGGGCCGCACUGGCACUUACAUUGUUUUGGACGCAAUGUUAAAACAAAUAAAAGAGCAGCAGAUGAUCAAUAUUUUUGGAUUUUUGCGACACAUUCGAAAACAAAGGAAUUUUCUUGUGCAAACUGAGGAACAGUACAUUUUCAUACAUGAUGCAUUAAAUGAAGCAAUAAUAUGUGGAGAUACAUCUUUAAACAAAACUGAAAUACUCAAUAUGACAACUAAUCAUGAAGUAAUUCAACACCAUCUAAUGCUGAUAACAAAUUUCAAACCUAAAGAGAUAAAUAUAAUGUCUGCAACGAAAUCGGUUAAUUUAUGUAAAAAUAGAGGAAAUUUAAUACCUGUAGAAAAUAGUCGAGUGCAUUUAACACCAAAACCUGGACAAGAAGGCAGUGAUUACAUAAAUGCAUCAUGGUUGCAUGGAUUUAGAAGGCUUAAAGAUUACAUUGUUACGCAACAUCCGCUCCCUAACACAAUAAAAGAUUUUUGGCAAAUGAUAUGGGAUCAUAACAUUCAAACAGUUGUUCUGCUAACAUUUUUAGAUGAGAAUUUUACACCGUUUUGGCCCAAUGAAAUGGAAACAUUUGAGGGAGACUAUUAUCGAUUAAAACUUUUUAGCGAAAGUAGUUCUAACAAUUUUAUAUUGAGAACAUUUUCUCUUCAAUCUUUACAAGGAGACUUUGAGAUGUUUGUCAACAUAUUUCAUUCACCGAAUUGGCCCAACUUAUCUCAGCCUGAAAGUGUUUUUGAAUUUGUUCAAACAGUACAUGUUAGACCAAGUGAUUAUAAAUAUGGUCCAAUUGUUGUUGUCGACCGGUUUGGAGGGGCACAUGCUUGUACAUUUUGUAUGAUAUCAACUCUUGUUAUGGAAAUGGAAUAUGACAAUACCGCAAAUGUAUUUAUGCACGCCAAAUUAUAUCACAACAAACGACCCGGUAUUUGGACUUCCACUGAAGAUAUUAGAAAUAUUUAUAGUAUAAUAUAUUACUGCCCUAGUAAUUUAAAUUUGUUACAAGCAACGUCACUCCGUACUGAAUUCGAUGACGUUGUAGCGACGCCAGAUUUAUUUAGUAAAAUUUGUAGUAACGGUAGCAUAAGUAGGGUAGACGAAUUAAAUCAAUCAACUGUCGGUGGAAAAGUUCUUGUGAAAAUAAAUGGUGAAAAUGAGGAAAUAAGUUCAGCAAUUGUAAAUGAUUUAAGCUAUCUAGGUAACAAUGAAUGAAUUGCAUAGCAAACAAAGUUAUUGACAAACAAAAAAAUAAUAAAAUAAAUCCAAUUUUAUUUUAUUAUUUACUUGUGAUUACUUUCGAUACUUGAAUUUGUUCAAUUGAAAAGAGAAAUGCAGAAAUAAUAAAACAACUUAUAUAAUAUAUAUACAACUAAAUAAAUUAUAAUUCCUUGUAAAUUUUUAUUUGAAUGAUAUCAAAUAAUAAUUUGUUUACUAUACUAUGAAUUACUACUCCAAGUAUAUUUAGAUUCAUAAAAUACAAAUGAGAAUAUGCAAUUUUAGAUAUGCAUCGUAGAAAUAAUAAAAUAAAAAAAUAGAAAUUUAUAAAAAAAUAAUCUCUACGGUAAAAUACUUUAUAUUGCGUUAAACUAUAACAUUCCGAACUUUCUUGAAAAGCAAUUUAUGGCGUUACUGCCCACCGAAACAUUUGUGUUUUUUAAAUUCAGUACUAUUAAGUUAUGAAACAAUUAAUCUUUAGUUAAAAGUCAAAAUAAAUGAUUUAUUUGCACAUGGUGAUUUAGUAUAUAUUUUUAAAAGAAGCAUAAGUGUAAAAUCUUGUCAAAACACGUAGUCAGAUUAAUAAAUAAUAACUAAACUGAAUAUGUUAUUACUAUUAUAAAUAUGUAUACAAUUGGCCAUAGUUGUAGAAUUUAAAAAUCACCAAAGAAUUAAUUAAUAACGUAUUAAUAUGUGUUUUUAAAAUGAUUAGGUUUUUUUUAUAAAACAAAAAUGCAGUAUUUAUGUAAAUUAUGAACAGUAUUAAGCGAUUUUUGAUAAA